CCUCCCGCUUGCUUCCCUCCCCGACAUCCUAUAGCCUACGCCAGCUACAGUGAAAGCGCUCGUCCCGGCGGUUGGGGCGAAGACCAGAAUGACCAUGGGAUUACAGAUCUCGUGACUUCCUUAAAGGCAAUGGCGAUGCCUCCCACAGCGACCAGGAGUAAAUCUUUUCACCUCAAGCGGCUCAGCUGCGACGCGCUCGAGACGGUGGAGUCUCCCUGGCCGCCUGAGGGGGCGCACGCUCAGCCACAGGAGGAGUCUCGCAUCGCGCGGCGGGCGUCGUUUUGCGGCGUGGUGUCUAACGUCCGCACUGAGGGUAGUGUGAGGUGGCACGGCGCCCUGCCGGCCCGGGGCGGAGGCUCUGACGCGGGCUACUCGCCCAAACUGUUCCUGGGCGGACUGCCCUACGACAUCACGGAGCAAGCGCUCAUGCAUGCGCUGAGACACUUCCAACCAGUGCGCGUGGAGUGGCCGGGGCGCGGGGCGGGCGCGGCUCGCGGCUGCGCGUACGUGACGCUGGAGGGCGAGCGGCGCGUGCGGGCGCUGCUGGCGGCGUGCCGGCGGGACGGACCCGACUGGUACUACCGCCUCGCCACCAGGAACAUGCGCACCAAGGAGGUGCAAGUGAUCCCGUGGGCGGUGAGCGACUCCAACUGGGUGUGUGCGGGCGGCGCGGCGGGCUCGGUGCGCCUGGAGCCGGCGCGCACGGUAUUCGUGGGCGCGCUGCACGGCAUGCUGUCCGCCGCCGGGCUCGCCACCAUCAUGAACGACCUGUUCUCGGGAGUCAUCUACGCAGGCAUCGACACCGACAAAAACAAGUACCCCAUCGGCUCCGGACGCGUCACGUUCAACAACGUACGUUCCUACGUGAGAGCGAUCUCCGCCGCCUACGUGGAGAUCUGCACCGACAAGUUCACCAAGAAGGUGCAAGUGGACCCUUACCUCGAGGACUCCAUGUGUUCCGUGUGUAACCUCCAGCAGGGGCCGUACUUCUGCCGCGAGCCAGUUUGCUUCAGAUACUUCUGCCGCUCGUGCUGGGCGGCGGCGCACGCGGCCGAGCAGCACAAGCCGUUGAUGCGGAACUGCAAGAGCGCCACGCUGCCCACCGCGCUCUCGCACCACUCGCCCGCUAGCAGCACGCACCUCUCCGGCGCCAGGGCCGCCGACGGUGGCUUUAACGGCUUCGGGAACGUGUCUAACGACGGUAACGACGGCUCCUAUUAAAGUGAACCGCGCCUUACGAUAUAUAUUUGUCUGAACUCCUCGCCCGCAGCGGCUCCGUCGCCCGCCACCAGCGGCAGCGGCUCGGCGUGCGCGGAGGACGCCCCCCACGACUGGAUGGCUCGUUAGUACUCGUCACGUGCGACGGAACACGAACGUAAUCCCCGGCUUCUGGCAACCCUGAGCGUCAGCUGACAACCCUGACGUCGCCUGUCACCGUGACAGGUGGACGCCAUCUUGUUCCUCACCUACACUACCGUUGUCGAGCCGCUAUUAAGUUGGGCGCUUCGUCAGCCAUGUCCACUUUAUUAUUUUCGUUGAUUCUUAUUAAGUCCCUGUGAUUGUAUUGUUUUGAUCGUAUCCAGAUUUUGCUUGUCGUCUAAAUCGCUUCAGUUUCGGCGACCGUUGAUUGUUUUUUUAUUCUGUUGUGUAUUUAAUGAGACGUUACGUAUUAGAUUUUAGUGAACUGUGCCUGAAUAGAAGAUUUUAAAAAAUCAGAGGUGCCUAAGAUACAUGUUGAACUUUUUAACAUUUUAAAAAUAAAAAGGCUUUUAAUUGUAAUCUUGUGAUUUUAUAGGAUUUUAGUGUCGUACUAUAUAUAGUAUGGAGUAUGAAAUGCUGAUUUUUAACUAGCUUAAUUGAUUUUAGAACGUAUAGCGAAU